UUCCCCAGCCUGCCUUCAGAAAUAUCACUCUAGAAGCAGUCACAGCUUCACUCUGCUCUCACAGUGCAUUCUGCAGAGAGGCUCGCUGUAGCUGCCCUGGGAUCUGAAGAGGCAAAAGCCAUGUCUUUGGGAGACUACGCUCUGCUCAUCUUCCUGUGCAAUGUUUGGUGCUUGAUCCGUGGGACUUCUGUGAUGAUCGCAGAUGUUGCUGUGAGGUGUGCUGAGGAAGCAGUGCUGCCCUGUAAAGCUCUUCAGGACCCCUCAAUCUCCUACCAGACAGCGUCUUGGUAUAAAAUGGCCGGAGACAGCGAAGAAAUAGCAUGGGAAGUCCUUCAUGUGGAAACUGAUUAUCCACGAGAAGUUGAGGGGUCCUUGGAGCUCUCCAAUGGCACCUCCUUUUCACUGAGGAUCAAAAAUGCGACCAGCCGGAACAGCGGGACAUACAAGUGCACUUUGGAGGGGCAGGAUGGAGAACGUAAUCUGAGCAGCACUGUCACAUUAAAAGUAACAGGUUGCCCUGGAACAGAAGGGGACAAAUUAAAAAAAUACAAAAGCGAGCUCUUGAUGCUUACUUGCCUUGGGAUUUUUUACUUGCUGCUCAUCUUCUUUACGUGUACAUGUCUAAGAAAAGAGACUAUGUCUCCUAAUGACCAAAAAACCAGACCAGAUAUGAAGCACAUACUCACCCUCAUCAAUGUACAUGAAAUAACAACUUUCCAGCAUUUAAACAGCGGCAGCACUUGCAAAAAUGAGCUCACUUCAAGUCCUGUCUAAGUUGAAGUUCAUGGCACUGUGGACUCAUCAGUAAACACAAGCUGGAUGGCUGAGUGGUACGGAGAGGAAAAAAAUGAUAAUAUAUGGUCUCUUCAUAACAGCCUGAAAGUACAGGUGCCUUGUCAGUGAUCUGCUUGAGCUGGAUAAGCCUUCAACAAGCACUGUUAUGCACUACGGUAACUUUUGAGAGUUAGUUAGCUAGGAAAUACCUUUACAGCUACACAACAUGUUACAAUGCUGUUAUGAAGUUGGUAUCAACUUUAUUUCAUUCUGCUGUGAAGCACUCUUUAUCUGAGCUUUUAACAUGAGAAAUAUGCUUCUAACAUGAAGACUGAGUUAUGGGAGGCCAUGGCUGUGAGAAGCCAGCAGAUAAAGCUCUUCACUAGACUGAUACCUCCCACCUUUCCAAAGCAAACACAGCAAGUGCUGGGAUAUGAGAAGAUAUCAGUGCAGGGCUGUUUUUGCUCUGAGCCUGAUCCUGGAUGGGGUUCCUUUACCGCAAAUGAGAUGUAACUCAUCAUGUGAUGUUCAAGUAGGCUGAAGGGGUAACUUCAGGCUCUUGCACUGGAUGGAUCAGAGCAACAUCCACUCUUAAAUCUUAGAGUGACAGAGCACAGGAAAAAGAUUUUCUCAAAAUCUUUUUGGACUGAAUUAACUUUUUAUUUCAGCAGGAGAAAUAGGGACAGUAUUUUCCAGAUUAAUCUAUAGGAAGCUUCAAAGAGACUGUUAAUCCUAAAUAAGAUUAAUCCUAAAUAAGAAUGAAGAAGACUGUGAUAUUAAGGACAUAUUAAGAUGACUUCUUGUGUGGUUUACAAAACAUGGAGCCAAACAUAUGCAACACUUAUGUCAGUCAAGUUACAUGAGUGAGGACCAAAGCCAUGGCUUAGAAGAAAUCAACCAACCACGUCCUUGGGAUACACUAAGUUAGCUAUGAGGUACAGGAAUGGAAGAUGGGACAUGGGAGCUUUGGUAUUGGCAGGGUAUGUAUGUGAAAAAAGGACAUGAGAAAAGCUGAACUCAGGCCCACAAUAAAGGGGAGAGACUUCUCCUUUUGGACCAAAGUUCAAGUGAUCCUAGGCUCUGAAUCCAAGGAACCUCCCUCUGUUGGAUUGCUAGGGCAGAACGUGAAGGAAGAGGAGUCUAAAAUGACUGUGGUUGCUUAUACCAUAAUGUCAGAAUUUGAGCCCAAACAUCAGAACUUUCAUACCCUGAAGAACACAGUCUUAAAAAAAUACUUCAAGAACUGACCAGCAACAUUAGAAUUUUUAAUGCAGCUUGGAAUUCCAAGCUGUUGACAAAAAGAUCUUUCUGUAAUCCUUUGACUAAUUUUGAAGUGUUGAUGGGAAGAAAGCUGUACAUCACUCAGCACUGGGUCUGUGAGCAGGGCAGAUGUCUGCAUUGCUCUAAGAGGCUCCUGACCAGAAUGACUUCUAGUUACAAGGGAUAUGCAAAUUACUUAGAACAUAGUAAAGAAGGAAUGCAACAUUACUUUUUUUUUUUUUCUGUAAUUUUUACAUUUAGAUGUGUGUAGGAUACUUGAAAUAAAAAUUCAGUGAUAACCUACCAUUUGGUUUUCUGUGCCACAUAUGGCAAAUAAACCCAGAAAAACUC